AUCCCGCCAAAAUGUCACCGACCGCAAUUGGUAAAAUCUUCAAAAUCAGAAGACAUACUCCGCUAGAAGAUACUAGUAGUGGUAGAAUAGUUGUACUUCUCAAAAUAACACCAUGGGGACUCAUUCCAUGGAUUCGGCAACCAAAAAGCUGAGUAACCCAAACCCUAGAAAUCCCAAAAACGUGCAUCACAUCGGAGGAAUCCCAGUUGAAUUUCCAUACCAACCGUACGGAUCUCAGCUCGCAUUCAUGGGUAGAGUCAUCUCAACACUGGAUCGAGCACAGAGAGACGGUCACUGUCACGCGUUGCUCGAAUCUCCCACCGGUACCGGAAAAUCACUCUCUCUCCUUUGCUCUGCGCUCGCUUGGCAACAGAACCACAAACGCUCCAACAAUCUUUCUCACUCAAAGCCUGCUCCUGAGGCCUUCACCGAUCCUCUUGCUUAUGGGGGCGGUUUUGUUCCUGAGACAGAGUCUUUAGCUUCAGGAACUCAAGAGCCAGCUCCAUCAAAGUCAAACGGCAAGAAUCAGAAGAAAAAGAUGAUACCUACCAUUUUGUAUGCAUCGAGGACACACUCACAAAUUGCUCAGGUGAUCAGGGAAUACAAGAAAACAGCCUAUCGGGUACCAAUGGCAGUUUUGGCAUCACGGAAACAUUACUGUACAAACACACAUUUACGUGGGGGAGAUAAUAUUGACGAGCAAUGUAAGCUGCUUCUGAAGAACCCGGAAGUAGGAUGCUCAGAAUUCAAAAAUGUGCAUAAAGUCAAAGGUCAUCCAUCUCUUCAGAAAGGAGGAUGCCAUGAGGCUCAUGAUAUUGAAGAUCUUGUGAAAGUUGGGCAAGUUGUGAAAGGUUGUUCAUAUUUUGCCGCACUUUCUAUGGAAGAUGAUGCACAAUUAGUUUUCUGCCCCUACAGCUAUAUCAUGAAUCCAGUCAUUAGGAGAGCCAUGGAUGUAGAUAUCAAUGGGGCCAUUGUUAUUCUUGAUGAAGCACACAAUAUAGAGGACAUGGCUCGUGAUGCAGGUAGUAUGGAUCUUGAGGAAGAUGUUUUGCUUCAAUUGCAGACAGAACUCGGGCAACUAAGUCUUUUUGAUGCCAUGAUUUACCAACCUUUAUAUGAAAUGACUCAGGACAUCAUGAGUUGGAUUGGAAGGAGGAAAAAUACCUUAGAAAAGCGUGGAUUUCAGCAUUACUUCUCAUGUUGGACCGGUGAUAAAGCUUUAAAAGAGCUGCAAGAAGCUAACAUUUCACAGCAGUGCUUCCCAAUCUUGCAAGAAUGUGCGACAAAGGCGAUCAAAGUUGCUUCAGAUGCAGAGCUGGAUGUAGCACAUUUAAGUGGCAUGUCAGUAACAACAUUGGAAGGGUUGUUCUCUUCGCUUAAUUACUUCUUCUCGGGAAAUGGACUUCAUAUUUUUGAUUAUCAGCUUGUAUUACAACGUUGUGUUAAAAGCGGUGCUGGAAAUGCUGCUGGGGGCUGGACACAUACUCUUAGUUUAUGGUGCUUGAAUCCAGCAAUUGUCUUCAGAGGUGUUGCAGAUCUUUCUUUGUCUGUGAUUCUAACAUCUGGGACUCUAUCACCAAUGAACUCAUUUUCAUCUGAACUUGGGGUUCAGUUUGGAACUUGUCUUGAAGCUCCACAUGUAAUAGAUGUUGAAUCACAGCUGUGGGCUGCCAUAAUCUCCACUGCUCCAGGCAAUUAUCCAUUAAAUGCUAGUUACAAGACAGCCGAUGGGUUUUCUUUCCAGGAUGCACUUGGCACAUCUUUAGAAGAAAUAUGCAAGAUAGUUCCAGGUGGCUGUCUAGUAUUCUUUCCCAGCUAUAAGCUGAUGGAGAAACUAUGCAGUCGUUGGCAUGAAACAGGUCAAUGGUCUCGAUUAAAUGCUCGAAAAUCCCUUUUUGUUGAACCAAGAGGAGGAAACCAGGAUGAGUUUGAGGCUGUUUUGAAGGGUUAUUAUGAUUCAAUUCGUCAAGGCAAUAAACUUGCUAAUGGGAGAAAGAGAGGGGUUAAGAAAAUGGAUCUUAACAAGCUCAAUGCAACGCAGUGCACAGAAAUUUCUAAGAAGGAAGGGGCUGCAUUUCUUGCAGUUUGCCGUGGAAAGGUUUCAGAAGGAAUUGACUUCUCUGAUGAAAAUGCUCGAGUUGUGAUAAUUGUUGGCAUUCCCUUCCCCAACAUACAUGAUAUUCAAGUUGCACAAAAGAAGAAAUACAAUGACAUGUAUAAAUCAUCCAAAAACCUUUUAAGCGGGAAUGAGUGGUACUGUCAUCAAGCCUUUCGAGCUCUUAAUCAGGCAGCAGGCCGUUGUAUAAGGCAUAGGCUUGAUUAUGGAGCCAUCAUCUUCUUAGAUGAGCGGUUUUGUGAAGAAAGGAAUACAACAUACAUUUCAAAGUGGCUAAGGAAAUCCAUCCGACAGUAUGACAAUUUUGAGAAGUCAUUAGAGGGACUAAGUUCCUUUUUUAGAGGUGUCAAGGAACGGCUUGCCAAAGGGACUGCUGGUGUUUUACAAAAUUCUGACAUUUAUAUGAAAAAUAUUCCCAUGGAUCAAAGCAAGGUGUUCGCAAGAAAGAAAAGUCAGAGAGUGAACAAGUCUAAUCAGUGUGGGAGAGAAGUAAUAUCAACCUGUGUGAUGGAAACUGAAAAAACUCAGCAUGAUGAUGAAGUUCAAGCAUUGAUGUUGACUAAUGAGAAGGAUAUUAAAAGUUGCAGAGAGUACAUUGAUGUAGAGUUUGGUACUGAGGAAGACUCCAGGUGCACUAGGGAGAUCCCCUUGGACUUGUCUCCUGACGAUCCUGAAAUAUCCGUAGUCAAGGAAACCCCUGGUAUAGAUGGCAGUAUUGCUGUAUUUAGUCCAGGAUCGUUCUCCAGGGGUGGGAACUCUGGUUCAACCAUAGUCGAGGCUUCUGCUGAGUUUCCUGAUAAGUUGUUAUUAUCUUCAUUUUCUUUACCAAAUUCAAGCACUUCUAAAUCAGCACAUUCCAUGGUGGUCACUCCUGAAAGAAAUGCCACUGCAAGGACAAACAAUUUAACACCUGAAGCAGAAUCAUUUUUAAAUUUGAGUGUUAAUUCUCAUGCCCGGAAAAGGAGAAUGCCUUUGGAAUCACCAUUAAUUGACCUUGUCCAAGAAGAACAAGAUGUUCCUGAUGCUGAAACUUCUGGCCAUGCUAGUUUCAUGGCAAGCUCCAUGACAAAUAGAGAUGCUAAUCACAGAAUUGAAUUUGGUUGUGAGACUAAUUUUGUGGAAAACAUAUCCAAGAAGCCCACUGUUCCUCAAUCGCUCAUAUCGAAUUAUUAUGGUUCAUCAUGUGUGCCUUCUGGUCAUGUUAUGGACAAGAGACUACAAAUAUUUUGCUCAUUUUGCAGAAACCCAUUGGGCCUUCCGGAGAACCAUUAUUAUGUUACAUGCUCGUUAACUUCAUCAUCAAAAGUUCACUUGACAUCUCUUCUGACAGGGUCGCUAGAACCUCUAGCCAUGAAUAAUUCAACAAGUAUAUCUGUUGUGAUAUCUGAUACAAGAUCAGUCGAUCACCGACUCUGUAACAGAAAUCCUGUAGGUGUCCCAGGACAAGGAAUUUGGUGCCAAGAAGAUGGGUGUGUAUUUAGUACUAUUUUCUGUCCCUUUUGCAGUAGUCCCUCUAAUUGUCUUGGUGUACGGGUCAUGGCAACUGAUGCAUCAAAUGUCCAGUUCCUCAACAAGGUACUGUUUUAUUUUGAUCGUUUGGAAAUUAAGAAUCUUGAAGCGUCAAAGGGCAGGGAUUUAUUGCCAUUUAGUGUCUCAGAAGUUGGUGAAAGUGCAGUCCUGAGUUCCAUUGAGAAAUUCUCAUACUCACCAAAAAAGCAUGACUUGGGAGGGUGGAGGACUACAAAAUCCAAGAUGCGACUACCAAAGAGAGGCUUGAAUUCUACCUGAUAGGAUCGAUACAGAACAUAGAGUAGAGUAUUAUGGAUAUCUGGUUACAUGUGAUAUUCAAUUUAUUGGAUCGUCCACUUAUCUGGACUGAGUAUGCCGAAAAUGAUUGAAAGUGAUUUUUGAUUCAGCUCCUCUGUUGGGUAUUCACAAGGCUUUCAAGAGGGAAUUAUGGCCAUUUAUUAUGGAGUAUGUUAAUCCAGCACUGCUGAUCUCUGUCGAAUGUGAAGCAUAAUCACAAUUUCCUGGAGUGGCAAUUCAUGUAUUCUCCUGUAGCCUAAUGAAAAUUUUGCAGUCUGCAAUCUGUAUCUCUAUCCCCUAGACUCUAGCCUGGUGAGUUAUUGAUUGACUGACCUUUUAGUCUGCUGCUUUGAUGGUCGUCUGAACUGGAAACAGUCUGCCUGUGGGAGCAUUUCUCGCAAAAUCUCUAGUAUGAUGAGGGAUUUUAGUUGUUCUGGGCCAUGAGAGUUUCUCCGCAGUUGGAUUGCACAUUUAUGGUAUCCCAGUUUGUUCUACUGCCAAUGUAUUAUAACGUAUUAAAAGGUUAUCUACUUGGAAAUUAAAUAUGUAUAUUUUGACGUAUUCAAGUAAUAUUCGUCCUUGAAUAAAUAAAUAAAUAAAAACACUGUUUCUUCAAUUUGUUGUAAUGAAAAUGUGGCGCAGGCAUUUCUUUGUUA